GACUCAAAUUUUUCUUCACAUUCGGACGAGAAUAUUGUCAUCCAAGACGAUGACAUCGAUAUGGAAGCUCUUAAUAAUCUCAAAUCGGAAGCCGGUCUCUUACAAUUAAAUUCAUCUAAAAAUGUGCGAACAUCAUCAGAUAUUAAAAAAGGAAAAAGCCUGAAACGUGCAAAAACAGACCUAGCUCACAACCAGUCCACGAGUAAGGUCUUCAGUACUGAGACCCAUUCUUCUCUUGAUUCUGUUAAUAUUUCUACCUCAGGCUCAAUUAUUACUAUAUCGGAGAGCAUAUUGAAGAACAGAUAUUCCUCAGAUAAUCAAGGACCUUUUGACGUACACGUACAAAGGAUUUCGAAGCCACACGCUCCUCUUCAUCCAAUAUCAGUGGGAAGGAUAAUUGCCAGUCUUAACACUCGUGAAGCGACUAAUGAUUUAGUCAAUGACUCACGUCUAAAGAAGGAGGAUCUGAUAGCAUUUAUCCCCCAUCUCGCACCUCUCGCAAAGGAAUUAUCAGGAAUGUCCCUUUGGAUCUCUCCGAUGACUUGA